CAGAGGCAUGAGUCACGCUCAGAGGGAGGAACUCCAACUGACUGAUAGAAACAGGAAGAGGGGAGCGGCAGAGCGAGAGGCUGAAAGUGUAGAUUUCACCAGAGCUCAAACACACACAGCAACGCGUACCCGAGACUAAAAGCUUUCCUCGACAUCCACUUACAGUCAUGGACCUCAUAGAGCCCAUCCUGUCCAUCGCCUCACAGAUCUACGCCCUGGUUGAGAAAGUGCAGGCCAAUAAAAGGCAGUGCAAGCGUGUUUGUGACCGGGUCAAAGCCCUGGAGUGCGUGGUUAAGGCCAUCAGAGAGCGGAUAAAGGGACAAUCCUCUACCAAUGUAGAAAAACCCCUCAAGGAACUCUCCAUUACUCUGGAUUCAGCAAAGGAGCUCAUCAGGAAAUUCACCUCAUCCUCCUGGGCGAAACGCGUCCUGAACUCGGGCAACCACCAAGACGAGUUCCAGAGUUUGAACGAUCGCCUCAAUGAUGCCUUCCAGCCCCUGGUUUUAUGUCAGGGCGUGGAUCUGGAGGACAAGGUGGUAAAGGUGUUCAACCAGAUUACCAGAGAAAAAGAAGACCAGUUGGACAGGAAGGAGGACAACACCGAGUUGGAGAGAUUGCUCAGGGAGCAUCAUAAGGAGUUGCAGGAGAAACUAGAAGCCAUGCAAAAGGAAUUUGAAUCCUUUGGUGUCAAGAUGGACAAGGUUCUGUCGAUCUUGGAAAAGAAAAGCUUGACUGAGAUAGACAUCCAAAUGAUCAAACCAGACAAGCUGACCUACACUGAUUUCCCCAAAGUGCCCUUCAUAAAAACAGAAACAUCAGAGGUGUACAGAGGAAAGUACUGUGACUUCCCGGUGGCCAUCAAGAGAUACACUGAGACUCUACAAACCAGCAUAAGCACUGUGGAGAAGAUUUUCAAGAAGGAGGUUGAAACCAUGAAGCGGUUUGAGUCGCCCAACAUCCUGCGAAUGUUUGGCAUCUGUGUGGACAAGGAGGGACCCAACCCUCAGUUCCUCGUCAUCAUGGAGUACUGUGAGAUGGGAAAUCUCCGUCAGGUUCUGGACAAUAAAAACCACGAACUUUCCUGGACCACGAAAGCUCGUAUGUGUCGGGACGCGGCGCGAGGACUCUACCGGCUGCACCAAUCUGAACAACAAUUUAGGGUUCAUGGAUCCAUCAACAGCAACAAGUUCCUGGUCUCUGAAGGCUUCGUAGUCAAGUUGGGAGGCUUUGAGCUGGCAAAAACUGAGACGUCACUGAGAAAGACAACAAAGGAAAAUGUGUCCAGGUCUCUGGCCUACUCCUCUCCGCAGAUGCUCCUCAGCAUCAACCACAAGUACAGCAAAGAGUGCGAGAUUUACAGCUUUGGAAUCGUCCUGUGGGAAAUUGCGACCCGUAGCAUCCCUUUUGAAGGUUGGUCAGAUAAGGACUUCCUUGAGAAAGUGGGCCAACAGAACUACCAGCAGCCGCUCCCUGAUGACUGUCCUGAUCUGCUGGGGGCGGUGAUCAACGCCUGUCGGGCCCAGGAUCGCUUCCAGAGACCAUCUGCUGGAAUGCUGGUGGAUAAACUGCAAACUGCGUUGGGAAAGAUAGAGAACUGAUGAAAUGCUUCGUCCCUCGGCCUCUCCGUCAGCGGUACUCAGGGUUUCUGGUCAACGCACCCCCUCAGGAGAAGAAAUAAGAUAGAACAUAAGAUAAUAUUCUUUUAUUGUAAUUGCAUGAUGCGUACAAUGAGAUUCAGGUGCACUACUUGAGACAGAGUUCAAAAAUAUACCUUUUUGUCACAUGCAACUCACAUACAC